AUGACCAAGCUGGUACAGCUCCUGAUUGCCGUCAUCGCUCUCGUGGCCCUGUGCGGCGAUGCCGCCACAGUCCCCACCAUCUACGUCUCGCCCUCCGGCAACGACUCGUGGACCGGUGGUUCGCCUACCAAGGGCUCGGCGGGGGUGAACGGAACGGUGGCGGGGCCGCUCCGCACCCUCGCCGCCGCCGCGCUGGUGGCGCGCUCGCGCUAUGGCGCCGGCGUGACCAAGACGGUGAGCGUGGCCGCGGGCACCUAUACCCUCUCAACCACGCUCGCCCUCACCGCCGCCGACAGCAACACCCUCUUCAUCGCCGCGGAUUCACGGGCAGGCAAGACCGUCAUCAGCGGAGGGCAGUGCAUCCCGGCUAACGCCUUCAAGGCCCUGGACACGUCGACCGGCCUGGGCGCGCGCGUCCCGGCCGCGGCGCGGAGCCGGGUGAAGCAGGUCAACCUCACCCAGCUGGGCCUCACCAGCGCCCAAGUGGGCGUGAUCUCCACUAACCUGGCCGGCAUGGAGCUGUUCUUCAAGGGCGCCGCGCUCCACGUCGCCCGGUGGCCCAACUACCCCAACUACGUCCUCACUGGCAACAUCACCAAUACUGACGAGAAAUUGGUGUUCCAUUACGUGAACGCGACAUCGUGGCCGUACGAGGGCGUGUGGGUGCACGGGUUCUUCGGUCAGAACUGGUUCGACGAGCGCCGGGCCAUCGAGAGCGUCGACCAAGAGGCCAAGACCAUCACCCUCGCCACCCCCACCAACUACGCGUUCAAGCGGGGCCAGCGGUUCUACUACUACAACGUGAUCGACGAGCUCGACACGGCGGGUGAGUACCUGAUCGACCGGGACAACGGCGUGCUCUACUUCUACCCGCCGUCGGCCAUCGCCUCCAACACCGACGCCGUGCUGUCGGUCCUCAACAGCGCGCUCAUCGCCAUCACCGGCUCCAACAUCACCUUUUCUGGUUUCACGCUGGAGGCGACGCAGAACACUGCGGUGACCGUCAGGGAGAACGGAUCGGGUAACGUGAUCAAGAACUGCGUCAUCAGAAACGUCGGCGAAACGGGCGUGUCCAUCGCCGGCGGCACAGACAACAUCGUGAUGACCUCUGAGCUCUACAACAUGGGCAAGACGGGAGUAAGCAUGAGCGGCGGCGACCGCAAGACACUCACGCCGUGCAACCACAUGGCGUUCGCCAACCACGUGCACGACUAUUCGCGCUUCAUUCUCUGCUACCAGCCCGCUUUUGGCGCCAACGGUGUGGGCGUCAAGAUCGUGAACAAUAAGAUCCACACGGCGCCGCACAACGCCAUUCUGUUGGGUGAGAGCAACAAUAUGGAGAUCUACUUCAACGAGAUCUACGACAUGUGUCGCGAGGCCAGCGACGUGGGCGCCUUCUACCAGGGCCGCGACUGGACCGGCCAGGGCUCCUACAUCAGCUACAACUACUUCCACGACUCCUUCGGCUACGGCUCGGAGGGCGUGAGCGCGAUCUACUUCGACGACGAGAACAGCGGCAGCACUGCGUUCGGUAACAUCAUCGUGAACAUGGAGUUGGGCAUCCUGAUGGGCGGUGGCCGCAGCAACCACGUCGACAACAACAUCUUCAUUAACCUCGACAACGCCGCCUACGCUGGCGAUGCGCGCGGUCUGCCGGGCCAGGUUCCCCAGAACAACAACACCCUCUACACGCGACUCCUCGCGCAGCCCUACCAGACCCAGCCCUGGUCCACCCAGUUCCCCGAACUGGUCACCAUCCUCGACGACCCCGUCAGCCCCCACGCUCCUCGCUACAAUUCGUAUCGGCACAACGUGGCCUGUAACACAAAGAACAACCAGCGCCUCUCGACGGCGGCCGCCCCCUACAUCCAGAAUGUGACGUCGGACAACUGGUGGCUGAAGAACAGCACCACCUGCCAGAAGGCCAUCUUCCCCUACCUCCAGUCGACCGGCUCGCUCGAGAUCAGCCCCAGCGCCCCGUUCCUGGCCAACAUCACCUUUUCCGCGAUCCCCUGGAAGCGCAUUGGGCUGGCGGGCGCCUACGAGAGCCUGCCCGCCAACCUGCCCGGCCUUAAAUAUGGCAAGAUUGUGACGCCCCAGGCUGCGAAGGACACCAGCGCCGCGUCUGGCUUUGCGCGCAGUCCCCUGGCUCUCGCUCUGCGUUUCCUCUUCUAA